AUAUAAGAAGAAGAAGAAGUGACAAUCGGAGAAACAUCGUAUGUUUGGCACGUGCUUGUGGUGUUCUAUGUUGUGAAUAUAUCUCAACAAGAGUUAUUAAUUAUUUCGGGAAAAUGAGUUCUUCAGACAGUGAGAUGGAAAGCGACAGUUUCCAUGCUGAAGAUUCAGGAGGGGACAUGGAGGAAGCAGAAUAUGUUGAAGACGGUGUUGAAGAAUCUGCCGGCAUGGGAGAGGACGAGGAAGAGGCCGUGGACUGUGUAAGAGUCCCUGUUCUGAACCCGCUCAGUAUAAUCAAGAAUAAGGAAAAAAGGAAUGCUCUUUACAAGAAAAUAAUUAAGGAAAAAAUGCGAAAGAAGAAAGCUGCUAGGAAGCAACGACGGAAAGAAGGGGUGCCAAAGAAUCCGGGGCACACUAUCGAGAGCCUCCGUGAGCCAGACCAGACGGCUAUACCGAACGUAAAUGACGAAGACAAUGAAGAACUCCGCAAAGAACUGGAACUUGACGACUUCAGCUCGUUUUAUGAACGCAGCUAUGCCCCAAAAGUUCUGAUUACGUUUGCGGACAAUCCAGUCACAAGGACCCGUCGCUUCGGGUUAGAAUUAUCUCGAAUCUUCCCAAACGCGUUAGUGAAAAUUCGUAAUCGCUCCUCGGUAAAGAAGAUUUGUAAAAGUGCAUCCCGGGAAGGGUUCACUGAUGUUGUGAUUAUUAACGAAAAUCGAAGGAAACCCAAUGGUUUAUUGGUCAUUCACUUGCCGGGCGGACCAACGGCUCACUUUAAAUUGAGUAAUGUGAAGCUCACUUCAGAUAUAAGACGGAAUCAUCGGGAGAUUACACGGCACCGACCGGAAGUUAUUCUCACGAAUUUCACUACACGUUUAGGUUUAACAAUAGGCCGUAUGUUGGGCGCCCUAUUCCACCAUGAUCCUGAGUUCAAGGGGCGUCGCGCUGUAACAUUCCACAAUCAACGUGAUUUUAUCUUUUUCCGCCACCAUCGAUACGAAUUCACGAAAGAUGGGAAGAGAGCGAAAUUGCGAGAACUCGGGCCUAGAUUCACACUGAAAUUGCGUUCGCUUCAGGAAGGAACGUUUGAUAGUAAAUGCGGAGAUUACACAUGGAUUAUAACAAACAAACGUCACACAAUGGAAGGAAGGAGAAGAUUUUUCUUGUAAAUUUGACGCUAGUAAUAAAAAUUAUUCUAUACAUCAA